AGGACGUGUGAGGUGUGAUCAGCUGCUUUGGUCGUCGAGUUUUACGUGCCUCGGGCACGAUAACGUCAGGCAUCAUGGACUACUUGAUGCCAUCUGAAGUUGCCCGCUUGGUUCUAGGUUACCUGAAAUCCACAGGGUGCCAAGCUACCUGGGAGACGUUUUUAAGAGAAAGUCCUGAUUUAAAGGAAUACGCCGAGUACGUGCGAAGGGGGAGAGAGUACCCAACGAGCAUCGGUGGCAAAAACCUCAUGCAACUUGUCGAUGCUGGCUAUCAAAUUACUCAAACCCAAGGUGGAAGUGCCUCUACGAACGAUCUCUUGCCAAAUCUUCAAAAUUUAUCGGCCCAAUUGAAUGACGUUUUAGCUCGUUUGCAGUCUACCCAACCAGAAAACAAUGCACCUGCCUCUGCCCCUACAAAUGGAAAUGAAGCCCACUCAAGCAGUAGUGAGUUAAUCAUCUUUUUUUUUUUUUCUGGCCUAAGGAUUCCUACCGAGAGUGCAGUUUGUGUCAAUCGCGCAGGUACAAACGCAUUGCCCCAGCAGCCAUACCGCACCGACCAGCAAUCAGCCCAGCCGUUGAUGCUGACGACAUCGAGUGGAUACCCUCCACUGCACCACUCCUCAGCCUCGCCUCAACAGGAACGACGGCAUCCCCAUUCCGGUGGGGACACGUUGAGCUAUCACGUUCACACGCACAUCCCGCCCUUACCUCUCCUGCCGCCAUCUAUUGCCAGCGUGCUCAAGCACAAUUCGCCCCCAAAGCAACUUCCCGGGGGCCUAGCAAGGUUCGAGCCUCCGGAGAAGGACCUGGGAGCGGCACCUCACCAUUCUAACUCAGCAAAGUCCACAGCACUGGGUUGUUACUACCCUCCGCCACCAGGACACAUUGCCCCUUCACAGCUUCCAGGAUUCGACGACCCUUUUCUGACUUAUCUGAACCCUUUUCCAAGACCGCUGUAUCCCAGGCACCCCUACAUCAGCGACGAGGAGCCUGUGAGAGACACGGGCAUCGACCUUCGCAAACGGCCGCAAGAAGCGAGCAGCGACAGCCAUUCCUCAGCUGCAAGGCCAUUAAGUCCCAUAAACAACGAGAUGUGCAGCCCUGUUGAGAAAAACAGCCACAUGCACGAACCCCACUCCGAUCCUUCGUGUAACGCAGCGGACGGACAAGGAUGGCCAUAUGAGGAUCAGUGCGACGAUGAGCCGGCAGACGAGCCCGUGCACUGUGUGGAGCCUAUGAGCGAAGGCUUUGAAGUUUCGCCGGAUGCAGGGGCAGAAACCCAGACGGAAGUCAGUGAGGAAAUUGACGUAGACGGAAGUUCGCGAGGGCCGUCGCCGGCAAACGAGGAAGCAGCCAUAGUUGGUGCAGUGUCAGGUUGUGCUGUGUCAGCAUCUUGUGUGAUCGGAAGUUCAUCGGCACCCGCUUCGACAAUGACGUCAGCUGUCUCGUCUCCAAGAACAACAGCAGCGUCUUUAGCGCAACAUACACCAGAUCAUCCUCCAUCAGCAGAAAACUCAACAUCUUUCGAGACGCCAGAAAACACCGGAGUGCCGCCGCUGCCGAGCCGUUUUCCAGAUCCCGAUUCACCACGUGCCAUCUUGUCUGAAGCGAGAUCAUUGCUACCGUCUUUGACGACACCUGUGAAAGCGAUUCGUUUCGACCCCGAGCGCUUCUACUCGCCUCGGCGAAAAAGCCUCAUCCCAAGGCGUCGACUUUUGGCUGGUUUUUCUCCAUCUUCCAAGCCAGCCGCAGACUCUGGGAAUACCAACUCAUCAACUGAAGAGUCUAGGGAGUUUUCGGCCCUGCUUGAUGAGUUGGUUCACAACUAUCCAUUUGUGGCAAAGCUGGCCGAGAACAUAAACCAGGCUGUGGUUGGCCCUGACGGGACUUACAACGAGGGAACAGCUUUUCGUUUGGAGCCCAUUGCUGAAGAAACUCCCACUGACACCGGAGACAUGCUGACCUCGCAGGAGUCAACCAUGCCGGAGUCUCUGAUAAAGGAGAUAUUGAACAAAACUGAGAAUGAUCCUGUCUUUGAAGCAGCCCUGGCACAAAUAUGUGAUAAAUUGGACACAACAAACGAGGUUCACGGAGUCCUGGUCACACCCUCCAAGAGUAGUUCAAAGUCUCGGCAGCGGAAGGAAAACUGCAGUCCCAAGACACCGAGCCACUCUCGUCGAACACAGUCACAGCCCACAACACCGCAGCUCAUGAGCCUGUUCACCACGCCACGCAAGUCAGCAAACAGGUCACCACACAAAUCGCCACAGAAUUCGCCGCGCAGGUCAGCGCACUCAUCUCCAAACGUUUCACCGCAUAGAUCACCACAGAGGUCCCAGCAUUCAUCUCCAAGCAUUUCACCACAUGUGUUGAUGCACAGGUACCCAACCACGUCUCCAAAUGCAUACUCAAAUCUGUCCUCGAGCGCGUCCCCAAAUUUGUCACCAAACGUGUCGCAAAACGCAUUACCAAACGUAUUGCCGAACGUGUCACCGAGCAAGCCAUCGAACGUGUCGCCAAACGUGUCCCCACGCAUUUUACCAGAGAUCGCACUAUCGGCAACACCACCGAGACGAUCUCCAAGAAUUAAUGCUCGAAACUGCAAGCAAGCGCAACAUCCUCCUCCCUCUGCAGCCACAAGAGGCUCAACGGAAAGCACAGAAAGCAGCACACAGAGCAAAGUGUCAUUGGGAACACAAGCGAAACCUAAGUCAAUCCCGCAAACGGCCAAGGUAGCGCCAGUCAACCAGUCUACUAACGAAGCUGCACCCAUGCAACAUCCAGCAGAGGUGCCUUCUAAGCUGCCUUUGCCGCCACUGCCGACUAACAAAUCUCCUUUCAAGGUGCCUCAAGAACCAACGACCUUCAGGGUUCCAGUGAGCUUACCACUGAAGUCGUUGAUAAAGGAGGCCGCAGCGUGUGUGCCCAAAGUAGUGCAGUCACCACCGAAGCCCACCGUGCAAGUUGUUUCGAAGGCCACCGAAAACGGUGAGACAGUGACCUGCAUCUCCAUCCCUGACCCGCCAGGGUCAUCCCCGCCCAAGCAGUGCAUGACGUUGGCGGAUGUCAUCGAUUCGGUGUUGUCACCAGAGCGUCGACAGGCCCUCUCCCAAACAGAGAGCAUGGCACCGCCACCACCACCGCCACCACUACCACUGCCUGCAGCUUCCAGCAACGCUCAGACCCCCAUUGUUAUUAUGUCUGACGGCACCCAAGUCAUGCUGUGCACCAACGACAGCGUGACCUCUGAACCACAGACACUCGCACCGUCUUCAAUGCUGGCCAAUUCGGCAGCGUCAAGCAUUUCAAACAUCAUCUACCCAAAUGUGAUGGUCACGGGCAUGCCCCAGCUUGGCUCCUUCAGCAUUGUGAUGCCCAAUGUCCCUAUGUCUUCCAACUGCCAGUUUAUAACCAUGAACGGCAGCACCACAACGGUUAUGGCACAGGGCAGGGCACCCGUAGCCAAGAAACGACUGCCCCUGCUGCAGCCUAGGGAGCCCCUGCCUUCGCAGCCUUCUCCACCGUCUGCUUUCAAAGAAGUGGAGGAUCCGAAAUACAGGUACUUGAUGGGCAACCGUUUAAGGAAUGCAAAGCGUAUGAGAGAAAUGACAAAACACGGUGCAUCAUUGCAACAGAAUGGACAGGGUCAGUCUACUGCGACUACAAGCAACAGUGCCACGUCACAGCCGUUCACAUCUGCGGCAAGCUCCCUCAAUGUCGGCAGGCAGCAACACUCGACUGCCAAGCCGCAAACUCCACCAGGCGCCUCACAACGCUUGUCCAAUGAAAAAAGUCCCCAGCUGAAGUCUCUUGUGGCUGUAGCUUCCAAGUGCACAACGUCACAGAAUCACGUGAGGGUGUUAGACUUUGGUAAUGUUUCCAGUGAACUCACGCAGGACAGCAGCGAGGGUGCCUCUAACGAGGCUUCCAGCGAACGUGUCGUCAAGGCAAUCGAAUCAAUACGGACUAGCCUGACUGGAGCCGUGAACAAAGUGUUGAGAAACAGCUCAGGAGGAAUCACCGGCCCUGGUCCAUCGAAGAAUAAAAGAAAGGGAACACCACACAAUGCUGGGGCGAAAGCAAAAAAGGCCAAAAAUGAGGAAUACUUGAAAAGCAUGGACGUCAACAAGUUUCUGGACAAGAUACAUAGCAGCUGAUCACUGCCUUUCAUGUUAUUUCAUUAACUGGCACACCUUUGCCUUAAACUUGUACAGUUCAUUGUAAAAAAAAAAAAGCCAUCUUUCACCAUAAUGUAUUAGCUAUACAUACUGCAUUGUAUAUUUGCCUGCUUGUUAAUGAAUGUUUUUAUCGUAUAGUAUGUAUAUAUGUAUAUGUAUAUAUAAACAACCGAUAUCUGGACAAGGACACUGGAAUUAUAAUCUCAUACAGGUUGUGUCCAGGUUGUCAUUUGUAUUUAAUAAACACAAGGUUUCACAGUUU